CCACGGGAGAGCUUACAGCUUAAUCAAGUAGUCAAACUCCAAGCUCCCAAUCGGAGGGAUCAAAGAUCCGAAGUGCUGAGUAUAUAGUGAUCCUAAAUCUUGCCAGAAUCGUUGUAGGGUGCAUCGCAAGUAUCAUUAACCAAGGUGGAGGUGGCGGCGAAUAUCCCCCGGACGAGCGUCCCCCAUCCGGUGCCAUCCGCCACAGGUCACCCUCCAGCUAUCAAGACACUUUAGAUCGCUUUGCACGGAUUCUCGCCUUUGAAUUAUGUCUUUCCUUGGAGAGAGGCAAGCAGCGCCUGCGCGUUGGCUGCGCGGCAAACCAAUCGCAGAAGAAGCGGUGAAGUAGUCUGGUCCUUUUUCAGUACUCGGUGGCCAUCAUACGUAUCAAUAAUUGCGGAUGUGGGGCUGCUUCUUGAUCUCAGAGCUAUCAAUGACUCAAGAUUGUAAUGAAACUAACAACAGCUAUAAACGUGGCGGCCAGCUGAAUGUGUCCCUAGACCGCAAAGCUGUCAGCACUGGCAUAUGACGUCCUCCGACGAGUCGCGGAGCUUUGUCUCUCAGAGUAUUUUCUUUGACCAUGUUUCCAUGGCUACGAAUGCACUGUCCAUCUACGAAUUCCUCAUCACUAUAAACCUCGAGAUUGCGACUGUGUGGAAGCGCAGGUGGACCGUAACAUCCAUGCUGCUGUUAAGCCUACGCUGGCUCAUGCUGGUGAAUGGUCUCAUCGGCUCAUUCUUGUGGCCACAAGACCCCAAAGUGCUGCAGUGCGGCUGGGCAUUGGCGUGACAUCUUGAGUAUCAUCACGCUGCUGCUUACAGGUCUAUUCGCGGCAAUGCGCGCGUGUGUACUAUGCAACCGCAAUCGCUGGAUUUUCUGGAUUGUUCUGGCGUGUGGAAUAGCACCAGCAGCACUGAAUCUGCUUGCUGCCGUCCGCUCUACUUAUUUCCUCAACUCGAGUACCUCUUUUCGCCUGUGCACCGGAGCUGUCAGCUCCUCUGCGGAUGUCAAUAUUAUGUCGGUGCUUCUCAUACAUGGGUGCCUUGCGGCAGUCAGCGUCGCCAUUCUAAUCAUUACGUGGGAGAAAACAUUCCACCAGUGGAUGGCUGCGCGGCGUCUAAAGGUCUCAUUGCCAGUCGCGACAUGUCUGCUCGCUAACGGUACCUACUACUUCGUAGUCCUUCUUGCAUGUGAAAUAGCGCACAUGAUCGCUAAGACUGACAACACCGCAAGUGUACAGGCCGUGUGCAAUGUUUUGCCACAGAUUCUCAUGUCUCGCUUCAUGCUCAACCUACGAUCAUCCGCCUCAAGUAGCGUCACUUCAGAAAUGCACACUGUCUCGGGCCGCUUCUCUGUGCCAAGCUUCGUCGUUCCGGAGAUUGGUAACAUCGGCGAGUCGCUCGAUUACGCACAAGCGGAGCGGCUCACCUGUGGCUUAGACGAAGAGCUGGGCGCGGGAGGAAACAUGGGUGAACACACCAGUGAAGGUGCCGUCGUUUAAGUCCGUCUAGGACACGCAAGAUGUCUGUCUCGGGAUCGUGGCAAAGAAAGACGUCGUUGAACGUCUCACCCCAAGAAUUCCGUCUUGAUCUGCACAUGCAGGCGCUCUACUCGGUUCUCAAAACCGGGAAGUGUAGAAACUUAAAGGUGUCAGCUGAAAUCGCUAAUCAGGCUCAGUCUGGACGAGUGUACUUGGCUCCAUGCUGAAAUCGAACGUCCAUUGACUGAAUGGCCGCUCGCUCUCAUUAACAUCGCACCGUCUCUUGAUGGCCUUCUAUUUAUAUCCCAGUCAAGAUACAGUACCGGUUGUCAGAUUAAUAUUUCAUAUGGACGAAGCUACAAUUUAUUG